AUGUACAACAAGGUCACUAGAAUCGCUGCCAAACGCUUGAGUUCUGCUGAAAUAUCGAGGCUCCUAGCCUCAUAUCCGCGCUGGAAUUACGACGGUUCCAAGCUUACCAGAAACUUAAUUUUACAGGAUUUUGAGACUACCUGGUCAUUUCUUAACCAACUUGCGAUGAGAAGUCACUUGUGGGGCCAUCAUCCUACAAUGACUACAAGCUAUAACAAAGUUAGUAUACAAUUGACCACACAUGAUGUUGGCGGUGUGAGUGAUGUUGAUAUGAAGAUGGUAGCGAAGAUCGAAAGCUACUGUGCCGGUCGGGAAAAGCAGACCGAAUGA